CAGGGCAGCGCUCAGGGGUGCGCGGGGCAGCGCAGGGGCGCGCAGGGCAGCGCAGCGCAGCGUAGCCAUGCUGCGCUACCUGCUGAAGACGCUGCUCCAGAUGAACCUCUUCGCCGACUCGCUGGGCGCCGACGUGUCCAACUCCUCCGAGCUGCUGCUCGGCCUCAACGGCAGCCUCGCCGCCUUCGAGCUCCGCAACCUCUCCGCGCCCCACGGUACGCGCCCGCGCCGGGCGGACGCACCGCCCCGCAUCGUGGAGCACCCCGUGGCCCUGCUGGUACCCCGCGGCCGGGCAGCCACGUUGAGCUGCAAAGCCGAGGGCAGCCCGGCUCCCGCUGUCCGCUGGUACCGCGACGGUGAGCGGCUGCUCACGGACGCCGAGGAGCCGCGGUCGCACCGAACCCUCCUGCCCGACGGCUCGCUCUUCCUCGCCCGCGUCCUGCCGGGCCGCCGGGGCAAAGCCGACGAAGGCGUCUACGUCUGCGUGGCCAGCAACUACCUGGGCGAAGCGGUCAGCAGGAACGCCUCGCUCGAGGUGGCUGUGCUGCGGGACGAUUUCCGGCAGGCGCCGGGCGACGCGGCAGUGGCGGCCGGCGAACCGGCCGUGCUGGACUGCGUGCCGCCUCGCGGCCACCCGGAGCCCGGCGUCUCCUGGGAGAAAAACGGCGCCCGGCUCGACGCCGGCGACCGGCGCUUCACGACGCGCGGCGGCAAGCUGAUGCUGGCCGGCGCCCGCAAAACCGACGCCGGCGCCUACGUCUGCGUGGCCGCCAACGCCGCCGGCGAGCGCCGCAGCGAGCCCGCCCGCCUGCUCGUCCUCGAGCGCCCCGUCUUCAGCAAGCGGCCGCUCGGCCGGGCGGUGCUGGCCGAGGAGGUGGCCGAAUUCGCCUGCGAGGCCCGGGGCGACCCGCCGCCCGCCGUGCGUUGGCGCAAGGACGCCGGCGAGCUGCCGCCGGGGAGGUGGGAGGUGAGCGCCGACAACUCGCUGCGCAUCAGCCGGGUGACGGCGGCGGACGAGGGCACCUACACCUGCGUGGCCGAGAACAGCGUGGGCCGGGCGGAGGCCUCGGCCGCGCUCAGCGUGCACGUCCCCCCGCAGCUGGUGACGGGACCCCGCGACCAGAUCGUGGCCCGGGGCCAGACGGCGACUUUCCAGUGCGAGACCCGCGGCAACCCGCCGCCGGCCGUGUUUUGGCAGAAGGAAGGCAGCCAGAUCCUGCUGUUCCCCAGCCAGCCCCCGCAGCCGGCGGGCCGCUUCUCGGUGGCCCCCGGCGGCGAGAUGACCGUCGCGGACGUGCAGGCGGCCGACGCCGGCUACUACGUGUGCCAGGCCAUCAGCGUGGCCGGCAGCGUCGUGGCCAGGGCGCUGCUGGAGGUGGAGGACGCCGCUGCCGAGCGCCUGCCGCCCGUCAUCCACCAGGGUCCCGGCAACCAGACGCUGCCGGUGGCGGCCACGGCGCAGCUGCCGUGCCGCGCCGCCGGCAACCCGCUGCCCAGCGUGCGCUGGCUCAAGGACGGCCGGGAGCUGCCGGGCGCCGAGCCCCGCGCCACCCUGCUGGAGAACGGCACCCUGCAGAUCACCGACCUCCGGGUGUCGGACGCGGGGCGCUACGCCUGCGUGGCGGCCAGCUCGGCGGGCGAGACGCGCUGCAGCGGGGCGCUGCGGGUGCAGGGAGCCGACAGCAGCGCGGCGCCCGCCGAGCCGGGCGUCCCGCCGUCGGCGCCGUCGGCGCCGCGCGUCACCGCCGUCACCGAGAGCAGCGUCACGCUGGCGUGGGAAAGCGGCCGGCAGGAGGCCGGCGCCGCCGCCACCUCCUACGUGGUCGAGGCUUUCAGCCAGGCGGCCGGCGGCGCCUGGCGCACGGUGGCGGCCGACGUGCGGGCGCCGCCGCACACGGUGGGCGGCCUCCGGCCCGGCACCGUCUACCUCUUCCUGGUGCGGGCGGCCAACGCCUUCGGCCUCAGCGACCCCAGCGCCGUCUCGGAGCCCGUGCGCACCCGCCGCCCGCCCGCCGCCACCCCGCCGCCUGGCCCGGCCCGCCUCGCCGUGAGCCUGCUGGAGCCCGCGGCGCUGCCGACGGGCGCCGGCGUCCGCCUCGCCUGGACCGUGGACGGCCCGGCGGCGCUGCUGCGGGGCUACCGGGUGCUUUACCGGCGGCGCGGCGCCGGCGGCGCGUGGGAGACGCGGGAGGUGCCGGGAGCGGAGCGGCGCGACGCCCUGCUCGCCCCGCUGCGCCCGGGCCAGGAGUACGAGGUCAAGGUGCGGCCCGUGCCGGAGGGCCCGCGGGGCGCCGACAGCGCCGUCCGCCUCGUCCGCACGCCCGAGGCAGCGCCCGGCGCCCCGCCGCGAGCCGUCCGCGUGGCCCCGCUGCCCGACGGCGUCGCCAUCUCCUGGGAGCCGCCGCCGGCCGCCGAGCGCAAUGGCGUCAUCCGCGAUUACCGGAUUUGGUGCUGGGGCAAUGAGAGCCGCUUUGACCGCAACGCCAGCGUGGCGGGCACGGCGCUGGCGGCGGUGCUGCGCGGGCUCGUGCCCGGCGUGCCCUACCGAGCCCAGGUGGCCGCCGCCACCGCCGCCGGCGUCGGCGUCCGUAGCUCGCCCGUCCCCGUCCUCCUCGCGCCGGCGGCGGAGCGGGACGCGGCGGCGGCGGCGGCUGGCCGCGGCGCCGGGGGGGGCCUGGUGCGGCGCCUGGCCGCCGUGGCCAAGCGCCCGGCCUUCAUCGCCGGCCUCGGCGCCGCCGCCGCCUGCCUCGUCCUCGUCGGCUCCAGCGCCUGCAUCUACCUGCGCCGCAAGAGGAAGAAGGAGCUGAGCCGCUUCGCGGGUAGGCGAGCAGCGGGCCCGCGGGCGAAAGCGGGAUGCCAUCCCCUUUGCUUUGGGUUUCUUUUUAGUUUUUUGCCCUUUUCCUGCUUUUUUCCCCCCCUUUUUUUGGCCGGCCUACAUGCCCAUGGGGGAGGCUCGUGGCCCGGCCGCGCCGCCUUCACCCGGCUCCGUGUCUCCCCGCAGGCGCCUUCGCGCGUGCCGAGGGCCCCCUGCGCCGCGGCCCCAGGCUCGGCGGCGCCUACCCGUGGCUGCCGGAUUCGUGGCUGGUGCCCGGCAUCCCGAGCCUGGAUGCGACUGCCGAGAGCUGCCGCGAGGCUCCGGCGUGGGAGAAAUCGGGACUGGCCGCCGCGCCGCCCUUCGCCCGGCCCCGCCGCCACGGCACGGGCAAAGCCGUGGGGAAAGCGGUGCAACCGCCGGUGCUCAGCUGGCCCGAGCUGCUGCCCCCGCCGCCCUCGGCCAGCGAGCUGAGCCAGUACGAGGAGGAGGAUGAGGAUGAGGACGAAGAGCCGGCUGGAAGCUCGGCCUCGGAGGACUGGUGCCUGCCGGCGGCAGAGCGCGGAGGCGCCGCCGAGGAAGGCUCGCCGCCCGCCGGCCCGUCGCC